AUGUUCGUCCACACACACUCGAGCGAGGGGGCGUUACUCGCUGUCUCGUCCGGGCCGUCCACCUACGCCGAACCGCUGAGCGCCGGUCCCUCCGCCUCGUCCUCUACGUCUGGCUCGUACUCGCCUGACGCACACAAUCCCACCACACACGUUCAGGCCGUAAUCAGACGCGUCGGAGGCAGGCCGAAUGUGGCAUCGGCGUGCGGACCAUGUAAGCGCGCUCAUCUCGCGUGCGACGUGGGUAGGCCGUGCAAAAGAUGUACGGUGGCGGGGAAAGCAGAGUCGUGCGAGGACGUACCGCAUAAGAAGAGAGGACGAUCUGAAGUGCCCAAAGCUUCAAUGGGCAAUCCAUACUCGAGGGUUCGUAUGCCGCUGCAAGUGGACGCGAGUGGUGGUGGCGGUGGCGGUGGCGGGAAGUGGCGCCGACCAUCCAACCAGAACCUAUCACCAUACGCCCAGUCCUUGCCUCCCCAACCCUCCCUCCGCGUGGACCAGAACCCAUACAUAGCCAGACUCCCCUCUACCAGCACGCCCAUCACGCUCCCCUCCCCACCCCUCUUUACCGUCUUUACCACCACGGACCUUCGGAUCUUGCGGUGCACGCGCGCGUCCUACCCCCUCACUGGCUUCCCUCCCCAAGAAUUCAUCAAUACCAACCUCCUCGACUGGGUCAUGCCGCACGACCGACCUCUCCUCGAGAUGGAACAUGGGCGACUCAUGAACAACUCCAUGUGUCCCGGACACCUCCACUCGGACCGCGAGACCCAAGAGUCCAUGUCCCAGCGGUCAGAAGCGGAGCUCCAAUCGCCCGUUGCGGGGAUGAAGGAGCCGUAUCCGAACCAAAACGUCCGGGUCAUGCGCGCCGACCAGCAGUACUCGGUCUUCAAUGUCCGUCUGCAUCUCGGUGGCGGGCUCGGCGGAUCGCUAUGGCGGCCUGAAACACUCGGGAAGGUCUAUUUCGUCAUCUCACUCCUCCUACUUCCUCCACCCACACCGUCGGCCAUCCCCCUUCCUCCCCAUCAGCUCGCCGUGACAGACCGGGAUGGCCAUAGCAGCGGUGCCAGCACGCCGGUGGGAGACGACUUCUCUCCCCAUCCCCAGACCUCCUUCCGGCCCCCACCGGUCCCAUAUCCCCAUGCUACAUCGAAUGGGAACGGCUCGUCCAGUAGCGAUCCCACUAUGGGCUCCACCUCCUCGGGCGGUCUCGACCCCCAGUACGGCCAGUCGUCCGAAUACUGGGCCACAAGCGUCAAGCCCGAGCCGAUAUCUCCCUCCGUCCAGCCGGCACCUGCACCACCACCUUCCGCCGGCCUCUACUACAGCUACCCCAUGCCCGCGCCCCUUCAUUCCCCAUAUCCAUCCAACAUCUCCCCACCGGACGGUCAAUUAUACCAUCCCGCCGAGCCAGACACGUACCUCGCUCUGCCUCCUUCCCUGCCAGCCAAACCAUCCCUGCAGCCCCCACAGCAACUGCAACAACAACACAUGCAGGGGUAUUCGUACGAUCCGCAGUACAUGCAGCCGUAUCGCGGGCAAUCCGAAGCACCACCAGUAUGGAGUGGGGAGGGUCAGGGACUUGUACCUGGAAGUUUGGGCGCGCCGUCGGACAGGCGAGUAGUUUCGGCGCCGCCGAUGGGUGGACCUACGGGGCAGGAGAUGAGCAUUGGGGAGUAUGACGAGUAUAGUGGAAGAUUGUGGGAAGCGUGA